AUGGCUUUCUCAGGCAUCACCAUCUACCUCGUGGAAGCCGAAGGCAACUACAAGAAGCUCGGCAGCAACCUCGACCGCGUCAAGUUGGUCACCCUCUCCGACCUCGCGGCAGAGCAGCUCGAAGGCAAGGCAUCAAAGGAUCCACGCAACCUCAAGAACUCAGUUACCUUGUUCAAAGGCAACAACCCAAAACAUCUUAGUCUGAAGGGUCUGGGUAUCGAAGAGUUCAACGACGUCGUCUUCACCUACGCCACCGCGUACGCCUUCAAGCUCAAGCGAGAGUACCGAGGCGACGACCUCCGCAACGCCAUCUAUGACUACAUGCACCAAGGAUCGCUCACCUGGCAAGAGUUUUCUAUGAUCGAGGAGUUGCUCGGCUGGGAUGGCGGGCUUGUCAAGACGGCCAGGCAUGAGGUCAUCUUCCGCUGGUGCAAGGGCGGCACCUACAUUCCGCCGGAUAUGGAGAAGAUCCUCGAGUAUGCUGAGAAAGCGGGCUUCAAAGACGAACUGAUGCGCAUCAAGGUAGAGAUGCAGAAGGGUAUGCGUGCAAGAGAUGAGCGGGAUGCGAGGAAAGCGAAGGUGCUGCGGGAGGUUGAAGCUCGCGCUGCCGCCGAUGCGUAG